GGUCACUGGCAGUGUCUGUCACCGAUAUGACGGCUCCCGUGGUCGGGUCAUCUGGAGGAGUCUACGCUCUGGUCUCUGCACAUUUGGCCAAUGUAGUAAUGAAUUGGUCGGGAAUGAAGUGUCAGUUUAAGUUAUUCCGGAUGGCCAUGGCUCUCGUUUGCAUGAGCGUAGAGUUUGGUCGGGCGGUGUGGCUGCGCUUCUACCCUCCAGCAUUCCCUCCUUGCCCCAACCCCAGCUUCGUAGCUCACCUGGGAGGGGUGGUGGUGGGUCUGACUCUGGGUGUUGUAGUCCUACAGAACUACGAGCAGCGGCUCCAGGAGCAGUCCCUGUUUUGGAUCUUCUUCAGUGUCUACGCCCUGUUUGUGCUUUGCGCUGUGUUCUGGAACAUCUUUGCCUACAGCUUGCUUGACGUGCGGCUCCCCCCACCACCGUGACUUGAUAUUAGUCCACCAUCUGUAAAUCCUUGACUGCCUGCUUGGAUGAGCCUACUCAACCCUUUGUGUUCUGAGCCUCAUCGUGGGUGGUCAGAGCCGUCUGAUGGGCUCCUGACAUGCAGCAGAUUUUUGUGGUCAGUCUCAUCAUAACCUCAGCCCUUCCGCUUCGUUCCUGCUAACAUCCUCCACCUGCUCUUUGUCUGGAUCUCUGUUGGACGUUUGUCUCAAGAGUGUCGGCCAGUGUGGGACAUAUGUUAACAUCACUGCGUUGACUAAUGAGAAGCGUCGGCGCUAACGCAGUAUUGUCUACAUGGCUUAACCUUCUCUGCCUCUUCCUCCUCAAUCCAACUGUGCCUUCUCAUGGAGACGUCCGCCUGAUGAAAGUAUUUCUGCAAAGUUGCCUCUUUUGCUUACUCAGAGUAGUGAAACCCUGCAGUAUCACCGAUUUUAGGUCACAGAAGUACCUGGAAAUCCUGUAAUCUGCCUGCAGCAUCAUCAUCAGUAUGAGGUAGAAGGUCAAGGCUUAGUCAGUGUUUUGUCAUCAUUACAAGCAGUUCAAAAGCAUAAGAGUGUAGAUUUGACAGACCGCAGCACAGCUAAACAUCUCUAAGGUCCACAACAUGGAGAGAACAGAGUAAAUAACAGCAACCCCUUCAAAGGUUAUUAGAAAUGUACCUUUGGGAGAAAGUGUGGCUUAUGUAUUCAGUGCUGCCUUCAGGAUCCGGCACUUCCCCAGAGAAGGAUUUAUUUGAACCUUUAACUUGUGUCUUUGCCUUUUUUAUGUGUGCUUGUAUGUGUGUGUGUAAGGAAAGACACAAUUGUUACCAGUGUGUGUGUACGGAUUAGAAGAGAAGUACAAGUGCCAUUCAGACUUUAAGCUUUCUAAAAUGAUGCCAAAACAAAGGGAUGAGCACAUCCCAGGACAAGAAUUGCUUUUGUGUAAGAGAAAAAUCUUAUAAUUUUCACAGGAUUAAGUUGAAUGUAACAAAUGAUGUUUGUGAUCUUGAAGAAUCUUUCACUGACGCUCUUAAGUGAACCAAGAAAAUGCAGUCAAAUAAAUUGUUGUCAUUUUGUGUUUCCCUCGGCCAUUUACAGCGAUUUGUACAAUGACUGAAAAUAAGGAUGAAGUGUCAAUAUGUUUUAUUUAUGAAUUAAUCAGUUGAUGGAUUAAGGAAAGUUGGACUAAGCUAAUGAAAACAUAAACUAUGGGGACAUCUGGGGCAUUCUGAAUAAAACAAGUAUUUUUCUCAUUACCAAACGCAGAGGGGCACACAAGCCUGACCUCGACCACAUCGGGGCCGGGGUUGUUUGCCUGUUAUUUGAGUCAGCAACGGGGCAGAGAGGUCAUAGUUCAUGUCGUAACUUUGAUUGUUAAUUGAUUGAAUCGGGAUAGAAAAACGACCCCAGCCUGAAGCUGUGAGUCUCUAACUGUACUGUACUUUAACCUCAUGUUACUCUGGUAACUGCUUCGCACAAACAUGAUUAAUAUAAUGUAAUUAUAUACAGAUUAAUAUUUUAACAUGCUUUGGCAGUGUGUUUUUUUGUUUUUGUUUUUUUUACUCUGUGAGACCAGUAUGUUGUGCAAAGAGGUUUGUCAGUUUGUUGUGAGAUGUUAGUUGUAUACUGUAUGUGUCCUAUUUAAAAAGAUGGUUUGGGAUUGUAUAUAUUAAGGGCUAUGACAUAAUAAAAACUGAGGGAGGGGUAAAUCGCUGGUAAUAUUUUAACAUUGUGCAUAUUUUGUAGAUUUGAUAUGUACAUACUGGAGUACAUUAAACAGUUUUAUAUAGAACACAAAAA